AUGCUGUUUAUGUUAUCAUUUUUAUUUUAAGAUUAACCUUUUGAUUUUCAAAAUUAUAACUAAAAAGGUAUGAAAAUACACGAGUUUAUGUUAAACCUACAUUUAAUCUUGAAUUUUUGUCAGAAGAGUGUAUAAGUUACUGUGAAUUAAGUGCAUGUUCAUAUAUUUGAUAAGUUUAUUUACUUAAGUGUGUUAGAUUCAGUACAAAGGAGUGUCCCAUUACACAAAGGUCCGAUUGAAAUGUUUACAGGUUCCGUCAAGCCAUGGAUCCUGGUAUAAUUGGGGUCCAUCUUCUCAGUGAUGUGACAGGAUCGCAGGCUUCGAAUCUGGGUAUUCUACACGGCAUUGAUCCACGUGUCACGACACUGAAGGAUCUCAGGGUAUCUCUGUCUAACCAAUUGUUGUCAUGCCCCACAAAUUACUGCUUCUGCACAAAAGAAGGAUGGAUUAUUUCAGAAGCACAAGAAACAAAUAUGUGUGUUGCCCAGUUACUGAAUCAAAACAACGAAAUCAACUUAAAGAUAAAAUACAAUUUACCAAAAGUUGGAAUUCGAAAUCGACAGCAUGUGAUGAUUGGGUUUGUUCAUGCCUCAUUUACCUCCAAAUUAUCAGGACUAAGGUCCUUGAUAGAACAGCAGAUUCUGUUUUUCAACAAGCCUGCUGUAACAUUCCAAUUCCUCGAUGGUAACCUCUGGCCAAUCAGCCUGCUCCAGGAGGAUCACAUGAUCAUUGCAGACAUUCUGAUUGGACAUUGCGUUACAACUAAUUUGCAUAUGAUCAUCCAGUCACCUCAAAUCUCUCCAACAAAGGAACCACCAUUUAAAAGAAUGAAAAUCAACCCCCAGUUGUCGUUCCGGUCUAGUAAGGACCUCUCGCGGCCAAGCACACUGCCGACGGACAUGACCGACGGGCAGCUAGAGCCCAAACAAGUGCUUAUCAGCUAUGUGCGCUCCGAGGCCGCUAGCCAUGCCCUGAGGUUGAAGGAGUGGCUAUCAAAAAAAGGCCUUAGUGUUUAUCUGGACGUUCAUGAGAUACAGACAGGCGUAGAUUGGCAAGAUUCUCUGAAUUUUGCCGUGAGUGGCUGUGAAGUGUUUGUUCCUUUGGUAACCAAAACGUAUGGAGAGACACAAUGGACCAACAGAGAGAUAAAGCUAGCUGAUGUGUUGGGCAAGUAUAUUCUACCUGUGAGUUUCCUAAAAGAGUGGCCACCAAGGUGUCUUGCCAUUCAGUUUGCCACGACACAGUUCAUACCAUGGAGACCAACAGACCUGAAUCCAGAUAAUGCUGAUGAUGAUAUUCUGAACUGGAAGACAGAAGAUGUCAAACUUGUGUCGGAGAAAAUAGCAAACCGCGUCAGAAAACUUGUGAAUUCCGUAAUGCCGUCACUGUUAAAACGAGGAACAGUAGUUAAAAGUUGUGCAUGCGUAGAAGAGGACAACUUAAUGGCAACCAUAAACGAUCGCGAAGGAAAACCUCUUGUUAUGAUCUGCCUGCAUCCGGAUCAAGUCAGCUUUGCUGAAGAGUUACAGAGCCUUUUAGAGCGGUCGGGCUUGGAGGUCUGGUGUACCACGCAGCUGGAUAAGGCACACCUGGAGUACAUUGACAGCCUUGCCAACAGCCAAGAAGGAAUCACAUACUCCAUCCUCAACAAGUCAGACUGUAAAUCGCACCUGUCAGCUAGCGAAAAGAAUAGGGACCUAAAAAAAGAGGAAAGGGACCUAAAGAAUAAGGAUUGGGAUCUAAAGAAAGAGGAACGGGACCUAACAAAUGAUCACAUGGACCUAAAGAAAGAUCAUUUGGACCUAAAGAAAGAUCAUAGGGACCUAAAGAAAGAUCUUAGGGACCGAAAAAAAGAGGAUCUGGAUCUAAAGAAUGAGGAAAGGAACCGAAAGAACAUUUGCAAGUUUCAAGAGAUGGCCGAUGAAGCAAGUGUUGUGUUGUUUAUAUUGUCGGAGGUGUUUGCGGAUUCUAGAGUCUGUCAGCAACAGGUGUUUUACUGUGAGCAUCGGAAGAGGGUCAUUCCGAUCCUUUAUGAAGGCUUCACGAUGCCAGACUGGAUGGCCAUGCUUGUUGGUUCACAUAGAUUGGAGCGUCGCCAAGAUGAAGAUUUUCAGGAAGUCCUCGUCCAGAGAAUUAAAUCUUCAGUCGAUCCAGCUCUUCGAUUGAAGCAAUCAAAAAGUGUCGGUUUUACUCCCAGCCCAAGCGAGUUCCAGAUGUUUCAAUCAAACAGAUCACUGUCCAACAGUUGGGGAUCACCUUGGACUUUCCCUAUCAAAGUGCCAUCACUCCGCCGACAGUCUUCACUUAAGGAGCAGUCUUUUGAAAAUGGGACAAGUAUUAUGCCUGAUGACGUGAUUGUGUAUGGAAAACCUGGUUCUAACAAUAGUAGCAAAAGUGACGAGCAGUCUGAAAAUGGAGAAUCAGUUAAGUAUUCAACUGGUAUUACUCCGACUCUGGAAAAUGGGAUAAGUGCUAGACCCGAAGAAGUGAUUGUUUAUGGAAAACCCGGUUAUUAUAAUAAUAGCAAGAGUGGCUUUGAGGGAGAUUUACUCAAAGGUCAUGGAGAGACAUCGGCAAAUGGAGAAGCAGAAACGAAUCAUGAAAACGGGUUAAUUGCACUGUCCGAAAGAGAGAAUCUGUAUGGAAAACAUAGUUCUUACAAUAAGAGCAAAAUAAGUAUCGAUGUUAAUGUACUGGAAAGUCAAAGGCAGCCAUGGGAAAAUGGAGAAGCAGUAAACAAUUCAAGUGGUAUUACAAAUGCAGGAGUAAAUGGGGAGUCAAAGUCGAAAGAAACUGAUGAAGCUGUGCUUCAGAAUGGACAAACAGCUCUGCAUGCUUCGCCUAAACAGUUGAAACCGAAUCUUGUCACUGCACAAACAAUAAUUUUGUAAAAUGUAAAGGCUAGUAAAUCCUAUUAAAAGUAGGAAGUUACUUACAGGAUACUUGUAUUUAACACUAUUGAGUGUUCUUUUGACACUUAAGGUGUGGUAUUUAUUUAUAUAUUAUUAUGCUUAUUUUUGAAAUCCAUGUUCUUGAUUGAUAAAUAAUGCCUUUUUACUUGAUUUUAUAUUGUAUAUUUUGACGUUUAUUAAUAUUAAUUUUUUUCAAAGUACUUAAAGAACAAAGUACAUUACCCCCCCCCCCCCCCCCAUAAAUAAAUAAAAACAUACAUUUGUCUGUUAACACAUUUAUUCAUGUAAUAACUUUUUAUAUAAUCUUAUAUAUCUAAAAUAUGACUGUUGAAUUCAUGUAUAUGUGUGGAAUAAACAAAAUACAGAUAAAGUAGAUUUUUCAAGAUUUGUUUCUUUUGAAUUCUUACAACAUACUUUUACAAAAAAAAGCUUGACAAUUAAAUAUCUUGCCCCCAUCCAAUUUUAUGCAUAUAAAUAUUUAUUAUAACUACAUAUUCAAAACAGGUUUAAUUAAGAAUGGCUGAAGAAAAAAGACAUACUAUGGUUAUAUCGACAUAAUAUGGUUAAUAUCUAUUCUUUUCAUAAUACUUUUAAUAUUUUGAAUUCCUUUUCUUGACAUAAUAUGGUUAUGUCCUGUAUUUUUAGAUACAAUUAUUUUGUUGUUUUCAUGACAAUCUAAGGUUUUAUCAUUUUUUUAAAAAGCAACAUCUUGUCGUUGUCUCAAUAUUAUAUAUUAUAUUGUUUUCUUGCGAUAAUAUGGCUAUGUCAUUUUCUUUACAUAAUACUGUAUAUUAAUUUUGUUGUCUUUACAUUAUGUGGUUGUGUCGUUUUCAGUUAAGCAUGUUUUAAAAAAUAUUUUACUUUAUUAAAACGUGUUUCUUUAAUAUUCGAAUAAGUACGUUGUUUAUUAUAUUUUUACAUUAAUUAAUUUUUGCAGGUGCUAUAUUAUUCACUUAACUUUUUUUGUUUUCUUCUUCAGUAUUGGAUUUAUUUCGCGUUGAUAAAACAUACAUUUCUUCUGUUUUAUCUUACGAUGUUUAUUUUAAUCACUCUUCAUAUAUGGCAUGUACUAUUUGUGAUUGAAUAACAAUAACAUUAACCUAAUAACUGUGCAUUUCUAAUAAAAUUCAUUAAAGUC